AUUUUCCUGUUUUCCGCCUCUUCGCUGUGUCCAAUUCCACUGUUCUCGGUUCGGCUUCAAUCUGAAUCCGACACCAACCCAGAAAAAGGGUUUCGAUUCUUCUUCUUCUUCUUCAUCUCUCUCUCUCUCUCAGAGCGCGGGCAUGGCUUUGGCGGGUCUCGCUCGGCGGAAGGCUUACAUCCUCACUCGGAACCUAUCCAGCUCCACCUCCGAUGCCCUCCGCUACUCCUGCUCCCUCACCACCUUCUCCCGCGGCUUCGCCUCCUCGGGAUCCGACGACAACGACGUCGUCGUCAUCGGCGGCGGCCCCGGCGGCUACGUGGCGGCCAUCAAGGCCGCCCAGCUCGGCCUCAAGACAACCUGCAUCGAGAAGCGCGGCAGCCUCGGCGGCACUUGCCUCAACGUAGGUUGCAUCCCGUCCAAGGCACUGCUUCAUUCCUCCCACAUGUACCAUGAAGCUAAGCACUCAUUUGCCCAUCAUGGGGUGAAGUUCCCGUCAGUUGAGGUUGACCUACCAGCUAUGAUGGCCCAAAAGGACAAAGCAGUGUCCAAUCUUACGAAAGGUAUUGAAGGCCUCUUCAAGAAAAAUAAAGUAAAUUACGUCAAAGGUUAUGGUAAGUUCCUCUCUCCCUCGGAGAUUUCUGUUGAAAAUCUUGAUGGUGAGAACACAGUUGUGAAGGGAAAGAAUAUUAUAAUCGCCACUGGCUCCGAUGUAAAAUCCUUACCGGGGAUUACCAUUGAUGAGAAGAGGAUUGUCUCGUCAACUGGAGCCCUAGCCUUGACAGAAAUUCCCAAGAGGCUUGUGGUGAUUGGAGCGGGUUACAUUGGGCUUGAAAUGGGCUCAGUCUGGGGUCGUUUGGGCUCAGAGGUAACUGUUGUUGAGUUUGCCCCUGAGAUAGUUCCCACCAUGGAUGGUGAGAUUCGGAAGCAAUUCCAACGUGCCCUCGAGAAGCAGAAGAUGAAGUUCAUGCUUAAAACAAAAGUUGUUGGAGUCGACAGUAAUGGUGAUAGCGUGAAGUUAACCCUUGAGCCUGCUGCUGGUGGAGAUCAGACCAUCCUCGAGACCGAUGUCGUACUCGUCUCUGCUGGUAGAGUCCCGUUCACCGCUGGGCUCGGUUUGGAUAAGAUAGGUGUGGAAACUGAUAAAGCCGGGAGAAUCUUGGUCAAUGAACGGUUCUCCACAAAUGUCCCUGGUGUCUAUGCGAUUGGGGAUGUAAUUCCCGGACCCAUGUUGGCCCACAAGGCAGAGGAGGAUGGGUUUGCCUGUGUGGAAUUCAUUGCUGGCAAAACUGGCCAUGUGGACUAUGAUAAGGUUCCUGGGGUUGUGUACACACACCCUGAGGUCGCCUCUGUGGGCAAGACCGAGGAGCAAGUGAAGGCUCUUGGGGUGGAAUAUCGGGUUGGGAAGUUCCCUUUCCUUGCUAACAGUCGGGCUAAGGCAAUUGAUGAUGCUGAAGGAAUCGUGAAGAUACUGGCCGAAGAGGAGACAGACAAGAUCCUGGGAGUCCACAUAAUAGCUCCAAAUGCUGGGGAGCUAAUUCACGAGGCCGUGCUUGCGAUUCAGUAUGAUGCAGCUAGUGAAGAUAUCGCAAGGGUUUGCCAUGCACAUCCUACAAUGAGUGAGGCCUUGAAGGAAGCCGCGAUGGCAACUUAUGAUAAGCCCAUCCACAUAUGAAAAGUGAGGAAGAUGUUCGUGAGCAUGCUUAAAAGAGGAUCCAUGGAGCAAUUGAGGGGGGAAGUGGCGGUGUUGCCAUUUCUGUCUGCAUAGUUUUCUGCAAUUCUUGUCCUGGUUUCGGGAUUCCUCUAGCGAGGUUCUUUUGGUCCGAUUUAAAUCGGAGAGAAUGAUAAAGCAUUGUGAAGUUGGGGGAAGUACAAUUCUCGACUUGACUGCACGUAUUUUCUGUUUGCUGUUCUAUAUACCUGGUUGUGUCUAAUACUAUAACCUUGGAUAAUCGGAGGAAGGGAAAGAGAUGCAUUGUCUCAUCCGGGCCGAUGAUUCCAAAGGUUCCCGUGUAUUGAGAAAAAAUAAAUCAUUCUUGAACAUGAA